AUGGGUGACCGUCAGUUACUCGAAAAUCAAGUAUCGCAAAAACGAUUGAGACCGCUGCUGUCCUUGAUUCAAAUCUCGCUCGCCAGUUUCCUCACUGUCAAUCGAGGCUUUCUGUGCACAUACGCGCCCGAUGAUACGACCGGACUGAAAUGUUUUCUCGAAGCUGUGCAUGAGUGGCUUCUCAUCGUGCUCUACAUUGGAACAGGAUUGACAACGACAAUACUGAUUUGGAGAAAUCGUGGAAGACCGACCCAUCGAAGGAAAAUCGGCUCAGCCUCCGAGCAUCUGACAGCCACUUUUCUUGCUUUAUUCAUCGUCGCCAGUGAGUUCAUCAAACUUUUCGAUGCCUCGGACAGGGACUCGUGCACACCGAACAUCGAGAAAGUGAGGAUCGUUUCACUGAUAUUGUUCACAAUAACGAACAUCGGAUAUGUUUGGUGGAAUGAUCGAAUUCCCAGCAGCACAAUCGGCCUCCUCCAUCAGAGUGUCCAUCUCCCACUCUCGAUCUACAUCGCUUUCCAUGCCGCGUUUCGAGAAAUCGUUCACAUCACAAGGCAUUUUGAUCAUCAAGGCAAUGACAUCAACUUUCUCGCGAAUUUGGUCAUCUUUUUUUACGCUCUCAACUUCGAAUUUCACGUUCUACUCGCCAACUAUGCCUAUUUGAUUUUGAAAGCGAAAACCGAUGCUGCUGUUCUCAUUUCAUUUAUCAUGUUGUACUUGCUGAAAAAGAACGAGUUUCUGUAUUACUGGACGAGUGACAAAGCCGGGGCGAUCCUUGUGUUGAUUCUGAUGAGCACUUUCGUGUGCUCAUUCCAUCUCUGGCGAUCAAGUGACUAUCUUGGAAGCAGAGACUCAGAUUAUCUGGCUGAAGAACACGAGAAUAAAGUGAUCACUUUUGCAGCGAUUUGCAUGGCUAUCUACAAUUUUUGCGGUUUUCUCUAUUCUCUGCAAGUGCUCGUCGAAUACGACAAUGUGAAAGAGAAAGAAAAGCACACCUAUUUGUCGAUCGUCAACUCCUUGAUUGUCACCAUUUGCAGUAACAUCGAGAUCUCGAUGCAGACCAUCUACCUCACAAAGUUGGCUUCAUUUUUCCGUUUUGGGCACAUUCUCGAGCACGAUCUCGAGCACGAUCUCGAAGGGGAACACGAAGAACAGAGAAGCCUCGUUGUGCAUGGCGAA